CCCCGCCAUUGCAAACUAUCCUAAUAUGGUAAAGUCUCCUGCUUACCCCUGGCCGUUUGGUGCUGCCGGGCGUGCCUGCGCUUCCCUGUCUAGGCUGUCUUGGUCUUGUCCUACCCUGCACAAAUUGCGCCUACCUGACCUUAGGUCACCCUACCUUGACCUUUGGCUCCACUAAACAUGCAUUUACGCAUGCAUCCUAAGCCGGCUUGAGGGUCGACUGCCCAGUCAAAACGUCACUUUUGUCUGCAGCCGACUUCCACUCUAGCCCAUCCCGCCAACCCGCCAACCCGCCUAUCGUAUGUAUCUAACAGAGAAAAGGAAUCAGAUACAUUGCCAACCUUUGCAUGAGUUGUCGUCAAUUCUUCCUAGUCCCCUCUUCGUUAAGCCUUCCGACCCAACCCUUUGGAUCCCAUAUCCUCUCCCUCUUCAAUGCCGCUAGCUCAGCGUCUGUCUGAUGAGCAGAUCCGACUUCUCCGUCCUUGAUCUGACAACCUACUGUGGUUUUGUUCUCGACAAGAGGUUGCCUUUUCCUUCGAAGGGCGCAAACUCGUCUUUCCUUCGGAAGGUGACGAUCCGUGUUUGUUAGUUGCAGCUAGCCAUCAAUGAUGCAGCGAGUUUCCGCCCUCCUACCGUGGGAUCGCAAUAGAUCGAGCACGCCGGUUAUUGGCAAUAGCAAUGGCCAUAACAAGACCGUUACUCGGAAGAAUAGCGUCGACCUCGUCCGCGGCUGGGCCGACAAGAUCCCUUCACCUGUAAACCGCCUUAGCACGUCGAGGCUAAGUAGGGAUAUUUUCCUACCCGCGACUUUAGACAAGGAAUGCGACAAGGCCGCCCGCAUUCUUAAAUCCUUCUGUAGCGAUGGCUUCUCAACCCCAGACGACCGACCGGGGACCCCGUCAACUUACUCGAGUACACAAUCGUCACAUAGGUUUCUAAAGAAGAUCCCUCCAAGAAUAUUACAAAAUGCUGUGGGGCUUGCGGUUUUUACUUCGAUGCGAUCUGGAAUAUGGAGUUCUGGGUCCGGGUCAGGCGGUAGCGGCAUUCUGAUCGCGCGCAAAACAGAUGGGACAUGGUCUCCGCCAUCUGGGUUGAUGCUUCAGACAGCUAGUUUGCGAUUUGUUUUUGGCGUUGACAUUUAUGAUUGCGUUCUCGUUAUUAACAAUUUUACGGUCCUCGAAACAUUUGCAAGGCCGCGGUUAACUCUUGGUACCGAUAUCAGUCUAACCGCUGGCCCUCUGGUGGCCGUAGGUCUCCUUGAAAACGAUGUCACAUGGGCCGAUCUGAGCGAUAGGGCAAUUGCAUACGUGAAAGCGAAAGGACAGAGUGCAGAGGUCAAAUUGGACGGAAUAGUCGUAACUGAGCGGGCUGAUGAGAACGAGAGGUUCUAUGGGAUGAAAAUCAGUGUCGCCAAAAUUUUGGCGGGGGAUAUCAACCAAAGUCUGCCCCAAACGCGGCCUCUUACCGAAGUGCUCAAGGCUGCCGAAGGAAGAACGGACUAUGACACAGCCCUCGUUGACUUGCUUUCCUCUGCGCCCGGAGAUGCAACCAUCGAAUCUCCGAGUUCGGGGGCCCCGUCGACAACAUUUGGGGCUCCUGAUUUUGAGGAUCCGGAUCCUUUUGGUGUUAUGGCUCUCGAGAUGGCUGGUAUCGGCAUUCGUGAAGCCGGCACACGACUGAGACCCGAUAGCAGCCAAUUCGAAUAUAACCCUAGUCCGACGAGCCCUUUCUUUCCCAAAGCUGGUCGCCAAAGUAUGGAUACCUAUCUAUCACGGAGUAAUAGGGGAAGCUAUAUGUCCAGCAGAACGAUGGCUACUGAACGAAGCCAGAUGACCGAUGUCGGCACGCAAACCUGUAACUUCCCAACGCCUCAGACGACCCCAAGCUCAAGUCAAAGCCAAAGCGAAGAUGGAAACCAGCCACAGGCAACUGAAGACGUCCCAGUGGCGAAAGAGCCUGUUGAGGUUGACUAUACUAAGAUUGAUAUCAGUGCUCUGAGGAGCCUAUCAAAUUUCCCAGAUCUGGACGAAGAGCUAACAACGACGAUUAUUAAGGAGGAAGAUGAACACGAUUUAGAAGUUGAAGUUACCGAAGACACGAGGAGUACGGGUACGGGUAUGUACACCGAAAAUAUUAGCAGUAAUGCAGCCGAUGAGGCAUUGGAUGAGGGUAAUGAUAACAAUAGCGACAAAGAAGAGGAAGAGGAAGCUGAAGCUGAAGAGGAGGACGACGACGAAUCCGACGUGGAAGACGAGGCUAUCGUUUUCGAAGUUGCUACAGCCCAGGCGCCCGCUCGAGUAGCGAUGGUAGCUUCUCGAGUUAACAUUCCUGCAAGAGUGCCACCUCCGCUUCCGCUCAGAAGCCCUGCCCGUGCGUCUCGUACGAGGAGCCAGAUGGUAGAUGUCAAUGGUUUAAUGGGCAGUCCACUUAAACAGGAAUUUGAACUUGAAGGUGAAGUUGACGAAGUAAUUACACCGAGGGCCAAAGAAGACCCUACCAAGCAUGCAGCAGUAAUGGACGAGGCACCGAUAGCGAAAGAAGCUAGCGAUUCACACAAUGUUGAGCAAUAUACCGAGAAAGCUGAGCAUGCGGUCACUCCUACCCAAGAAUCUGAGAGCAUUAGCGACCGCUCCUCCAGAAUAGGAAACAGAUCUUCUUACGGAGAGAAGAUGAUGACCGGGGAGUCAACAGGUACAGAAGAGCAGACUGGCUUCAAGGCCACUCCCGACGUGUCUGUCACUGUUGCGUAAGGGUGGUAGUACAAUGUUCACAAUUUUCUUCAGUCACAACCAUGGGAAGUUUGGAGUUAUUGGGAAAGCAUAGGAACGAUUACAGGAAGGACGAGAUACCACUAUGAUCAAGGAAUGAUCGGGUUACAGGUAUGAGGCUAUCUUGCACGAUACUCGAUGCGCUGCGAUCAACAUUAAACAAGUCUCUCGAGGGCGAUACGGGCUACUCGAGCUGAAUAAUACCCUUGAUAUGUACUUUUAUUGUUUAACAUAUUGUACCAAUCUGCAAUCAUCAAGCAAGCGGGGAAGAGGAAUGGCACGCGUAUGUGUAAGAGUCAAAGGAACAAGUGCUAUGGGAAUUACUAUGGACAGGAAUAGUGAAUUAUACAGGCAUAUGCUAGGGAGUAACUUAACAGGCAGCCAUUUUUAGAAGCCAACAGCGAUAGGACAUAAGCUCUCGAAAGUUGCCUACACAAUGCAUCCUCAUGGUAGCCCUAGCGAUGGCGACAGUGACUUGCCUGCUGUAGUGAAUGUGUAGAUGUACCUAGAUGUGCCUACAAGCUAUCGCCAUUUGUAACUGGUACCUUUUUCUACUGCCCAGCAACAACAAUUCGAUGCGUUCAUGUUUUCUUCAAACUUCAAACUAAAUUCCAUCAGGAUUGGAUUUGUAAUUUC